AUGCCUUGGCUUUCUUUCCAAAAUCGGUUGAGAAUUGCAAUUGAAUCUGCUGAUGCCUUUAGUUAUCUCCACUCUGCAGCUUCUAUACCUAUCCUACAUAGAUACAUCAAAUCAGCAAAUAUACUACCAGAUGACUACUAUACAACAAAGAUUGCUGAUUUUGGGGCUUCGAGGUUAAGACCUUUCGACCAGGAUGAUAUGAGUUCACUUAUACCAGGAACAUUGGGUUAUCUAAACUCCCAAGGCAUACAAUAUUGGUUGUUAACGGGAAGAGAAGCUAUCGAUCUCACUCUGCCCAACAAAGAGAAGAGUUUAGAGGCAUAUUUCAAAGUUUCCGUGAAGGAGAAUCGCUUAUUUCAAAUACUGCAUCAUAGAGUUUUGAAAGAAAGCUCAUUGGAUCAGCGAAAUGACAUUGGUGAGCUUGUGGUUAGAUGGCUUAACACAAAAGGAGAAGAAAGGCCUACCAUGAGAGAAGUGGCAAACGAAUUGGAAGGAUUCACUAAAUAUAAUAUUCGUUCUUGGGCUCAUCAUGACCAAGAAAACAAUCAACUGCAAAUGGAAGAAAUGAUCAAUGAACAAAAUGAUCUUUAUACUGUGCAAAUGCACACUUCCACCAAUUUUGAUACAUCUCCAAAUGUUCAACAAAGCUCUCAAUAUAGCGUGAAAAAUGAAGAAGACCCCCUCUUUGAUGAUUAA